GUUGCUGCUGGUGGCCGAUAAAACUCCAGUGGGUUUUAGACUGAUCCAUAACCAAUGCUUUCUAAUCACUUGCAGGACUUGCCAUGUCCCCCUUUCUGCGGAUUGGACUGUCCAAUUAUGACAGUGGCCCCUAUCUCCCUUCGCAAGGAGAUGUGAUCGAUCCCUAUUGUGCCGUGAUGGUGAAGGAGGCUGUGGAGGCUGAGAAAGGCCAGGUAUAUAUCCAGAAGAAGCCAACAAUGUAUCCCCCUUGGAACAGCACGUUUGAUGCCCACAUUCACAAGGGACGGGUCAUGCACAUCGUCGUGAAGGACAAGAGUGCAGAGAUGGUCUCAGAGGCAACCGUGGAACUCAACCUAGUUGCUGAAAAGUGCAAGAGAAGUAAUGGGAAAAUCGAAAUUUGGCUAGAGCUAAAACCCCAAGGAAGGAUGUUAAUGAAUGCAAGAUACUUUCUGGAAACUACUGAUGAUCCAGAGUUUGUUGACUGUGAAAAGGAGGGUUUUUUCUCGCUACAUCAGCGAAGAGGAGCUAUUAAGCAAGCCAAGAUUCAUAAUGUCAAGUGUCACGAAUUUGCAGCCACUUUCUUUCCCCAGCCUACAUUCUGUUCCGUUUGCCACGAAUUUGUCUGGGGCCUUAACAAGCAAGGCUAUCAGUGCAGGCAAUGCAAUGCUGCCAUUCACAAGAAAUGUAUUGACAAAGUAAUUGCAAAAUGUACCGGAUCGGCCAUCAACAGUAGAGAAACUAUGCUCCACAAGGAAAGGUUUAAGAUCGACAUGCCCCAUCGCUUCAAGGUAUACAAUUAUAAAAGCCCCACCUUCUGUGACCAUUGUGGAACGCUCCUCUGGGGCCUGGCACGGCAGGGCUUAAAAUGUGAUGCCUGCACCAUGAAUGUCCACCACAAGUGCCAAACCAAGGUCGCGAAUCUCUGUGGUGUAAACCAAAAACUCAUGGCAGAAGCGUUGGCACUGAUUGAGAGCAGUCAACAAGCUCGAAGUCUGCGUGACUCAGAGCAGAUCUUGCGAGAAGGACCAGUUGAAAUAUCCUCCCGUGCGAAAGAGGAGCCGUCGAGCCCUUCCGUGGCAGAACCUCCAACAGGCAGAAAAGAACCACAGGGAAUUUCCUGGGAAUCCCCAGUAGAAGACAUCUCAGUUUCUGAUUCUCCAGUGGAACUGGAGCCAAGGAGAGACAUCCAAGCAGAGUUGCCAAAGUUAACCAUAGACGAUUUUUACUUACACAGAACGUUGGGGAAAGGAAGUUUUGGCAAGGUCUUCCUUGUUGAACUAAAAACCACAAACCAGUUUUUUGCCAUGAAAGCCCUGAAGAAGGAGGUGGUACUGAUGGACGAUGAUGUUGAAUGUACCAUGGUGGAGAAGCGUGUUCUCUCGCUGGCUUGGGAGCACCCAUUUCUCACCCAUGUCUUCUGUACAUUCCAAACUAAGGAAAACCUAUUUUUUGUAAUGGAGUACCUCAAUGGGGGAGACCUGAUGUUCCAUAUUCAGAACUGCCACAAAUUUGAAAUCAGUCGAGCAAGGUUCUAUGCUGCUGAAAUAAUUUGUGGGUUGCAGUUCCUUCAUUCCAAAGGCAUCAUAUACAGGGACCUCAAGCUUGACAAUGUUCUCCUAGACAAAGAAGGACACAUCAAGAUUGCAGAUUUUGGAAUGUGCAAAGAGAAGAUAUUAGGGGAUGUUAAAACCAGCACGUUCUGUGGGACCCCCGACUAUAUUGCCCCCGAGAUUCUUCUUGGACAGAAAUACAACAUGUCCGUUGACUGGUGGUCCUUUGGUGUCCUCCUGUAUGAGAUGUUGAUUGGCCAGUCCCCCUUCCAUGGCCAGGACGAAGAACAGCUCUUCCAGUCCAUCCGCAUGGAUAGCCCAUUCUACCCCCGCUGGCUGGACAAGAUUGCAAGGGACCUCUUAGUCAAGCUUUUCGUUAGAGAACCGGAGAGGCGGUUGGGAGCCAGAGGAAACAUCCGCCGGCAUGCCUUCUUCCAAGAAAUCAGCUGGGAAACUUUGGAAAAAAAAGAGGUGGAGCCACCUUUCAGGCCCCUAGUGAAAUCGCCAGGGGACUGCAGCAACUUUGACAAGGAAUUUCUCAAUGAAACCCCCCGACUGUCUGUUGGGGAUGGAACCCUCAUCAACAGCAUGGACCAAAACAUGUUUAGAACUUUUUCAUUCACCAACCCCAUCAUGGAGAAAUUGCUAUCCUGAGGAAUGACCUACAAAAGAUGCACCCAUAGGCACCUGUUGAAGCCUACCCAUCAAGGAGAAGAGGACUUUCAGUGCUGGCUGCACCUUUGUCUGUUUGCUACCUUCUCUGAAGAUGCCAGUGUGAGAGUACAAACAGGUGUGAGAUUCUUUGCACCACUUGUCUUCUCUUUUGCUGGACAACCAGGAGGAGGAGAACCUGCUUUGAGAGGAAGACUCGAAGUGACUCCCCAAACCUGGAAUUACAACUGCACAAAGUCUUUUCAAGACAACCAGAGUUUUGACAUGCUGUAGCCUAUAUUCUUCUGGUGUGUAAUGUCUCUUGCCCCAUAAUUCCAAGAUCAGUCACUGGGAAGUCUUUGGCUAUCACUUCUCCGAGAGUUUGCAGACAAAGCACGCUAAUCUGUUUUCUUCCUCUGCUUGUGCAUAAGAAGAUUCAGAAUGGUGUAAACAUCUGGGGGACAUU